GUCUGAGGACUGCAUGAUUUUCUGGCUACCAGACCCUGGCCCACAAGGAGCCGCAGGGCUUUGUCCCUGUUGCUCUCCGUGCCAAGCCUGGGCUCUCUCUGCUAGUGGUGGUUUCGGUUGCGACACAGUCCAGGUUCCCAGGCAGGAGCCGCUUGGCCUGGCUGCUUCGCUCCUUUUCACUGACGAGGUGGUGGAAGGUGUCGCCUGCUUCAGCUGAGUAAGGGUGGCUGACGGAGCCAGGAGCCCCCGCCCUGGGCCUGGCUCUUCCCGGCCUCUGUACUUUGCCCUCACUGCCUGACAGAUUCUGCUGUGGGCUCUGCUGAAUGGAAGUCGCUGGUAGUCCUUGUCCCUUUCUCCAGCCGGAGACUUUCUCCUUUCUCUGCUUCCUCACCCUGUCCCACAUCCCUGCUGUGGGAAAUAUCGCACAACAUAGAAGAGGCAGAAGGGGUGCUGGUCCCACCUUGGGACACCUCGACUCCAAGCCCAGCAGUAAGUCCAACAUGCUGCGGGGCCGCAACUCAGCCACUUCUGCUGACGAGCAGCCCCAUAUUGGCAACUACCGACUCCUCAAGACCAUCGGCAAGGGUAACUUCGCCAAGGUGAAGCUGGCUCGGCACAUCCUUACUGGGAAAGAGGUAGCUGUGAAGAUCAUCGACAAGACUCAACUGAAUUCCUCCAGCCUCCAGAAACUGUUCCGUGAAGUAAGAAUAAUGAAGGUUUUGAAUCAUCCCAACAUAGUUAAGUUAUUUGAAGUGAUCGAGACUGAGAAAACUCUCUACCUUGUCAUGGAGUACGCUAGUGGAGGAGAGGUGUUUGAUUACCUAGUGGCUCAUGGCAGGAUGAAAGAAAAAGAGGCUCGAGCCAAAUUCCGCCAGAUAGUGUCUGCUGUGCAGUACUGUCACCAGAAGUUUAUUGUUCAUAGAGACUUAAAGGCAGAAAACCUGCUCUUGGAUGCUGACAUGAACAUCAAGAUUGCAGACUUUGGCUUCAGCAACGAAUUCACCUUUGGGAACAAGCUGGAUACCUUCUGUGGCAGUCCCCCUUAUGCUGCCCCAGAGCUCUUCCAGGGCAAAAAAUACGACGGACCCGAGGUGGAUGUGUGGAGCCUGGGAGUUAUUCUAUAUACACUGGUCAGCGGAUCCCUGCCUUUUGAUGGACAGAACCUCAAGGAGCUGCGGGAGCGGGUACUGAGGGGAAAAUACCGUAUUCCGUUCUACAUGUCCACAGACUGUGAAAACCUGCUUAAGAAAUUUCUCAUUCUCAAUCCCAGCAAGAGAGGCACUUUAGAGCAAAUCAUGAAAGAUCGAUGGAUGAAUGUGGGUCACGAAGAUGACGAAUUAAAGCCUUAUGUGGAGCCACUCCCUGACUACAAGGACCCCCGGCGGACAGAAUUGAUGGUGUCCAUGGGUUACACACGGGAAGAGAUCCAGGACUCGCUGGUGGGCCAGAGGUACAACGAGGUGAUGGCCACCUAUCUGCUCCUGGGCUACAAGAGCUCCGAGCUGGAGGGCGACACCAUCACCUUGAAGCCGCGGCCUUCAGCUGAUCUGACCAAUAGCAGUGCCCCUUCCCCCUCCCACAAGGUACAGCGCAGCGUCUCAGCCAACCCCAAGCAGCGGCGCUUUAGCGACCAGGCAGCUGGUCCUGCCAUUCCCACUUCUAAUUCCUACUCUAAGAAGACUCAGAGUAACAACGCAGAAAACAAGCGGCCUGAGGAGGACCGGGAGUCAGGGCGGAAGGCCAGCAGCACAGCCAAAGUGCCUGCCAGCCCCCUGCCCGGGCUGGAGAGGAAGAAGACCACCCCCACCCCCUCCACGAACAGCGUCCUCUCCACCAGCACAAAUCGAAGCAGGAAUUCCCCACUUUUGGAGAGGGCCAGCCUUGGCCAGGCCUCCAUCCAGAACGGCAAAGACAGCCUAACCAUGCCAGGGUCCCGGGCCUCCACGGCUUCUGCUUCUGCCGCGGUCUCUGCGGCCCGGCCCCGCCAGCACCAGAAAUCCAUGUCGGCCUCCGUGCACCCCAACAAGGCCACUGGGCUGCCCCCCACGGACAGUAACUGUGAGGUGCCGCGGCCCAGCACAGCCCCCCAGCGUGUCCCUGUCGCCUCCCCCUCCGCCCACAACAUCAGCAGCAGUGGUGGAGCCCCAGACCGAACUAAUUUUCCCCGGGGUGUGUCCAGUCGAAGCACCUUCCACGCUGGGCAGCUCCGGCAGGUGCGGGACCAGCAGAAUUUGCCCUACGGUGUGACCCCAGCCUCUCCCUCUGGCAACAGCCAGGGCCGGCGGGGGGCCUCGGGGAGCAUCUUCAGCAAAUUCACUUCCAAGUUUGUACGCAGAAAUCUGUCUUUCAGGUUUGCCAGAAGGUAGGCGUUGAGCCCGCUGUGUGUGCGUCUGUGUCCUGUGUCCUGCCUCCAUCACUAACUCCCCUUUUCCGGCUCUUGCUCCCUCCUGCAUCUGCUAACCUUGUCUGUGGGGUCCUCUCUCUGCCAUCUUAAAGGGAUGAAGACGGCCUCUGCCUGGGCGGCCCCCGAGGCCACGUUUGCCCACUCAGGGCAAAUGACUCUGAAAACGAUGGGCCUGUCCCCGAGCAAGGGGGACCUUCUCAGGGAAUUCUCCCUUUAAGAUCGUCUCCUUCCCCCCAAUCGCCUACCCUGGGUUGUGGUCACAAACGCGUUGGGUUCCUUUUCCAGCCCUUUCCCGUGUCUCUGCAUGCGCUCUGAGGAAGCUCCACCGAGGUCGAAAGUGCAUCUGGGAUGGUAUCUCAUUCCGGGUCUCCUGGGCUUCCCCUUCCCUGGUGCCCUGAACUUCAGGGCUGUGUGGCCUCUUGCCCCUGUCCUAUGGGAUGGCAGGACUUUGGAGGUACUACAGGAACACUGGGGUCUCAAGACUUCAGCCUGACGCCUCCAGGCCCAAGGAGCCUUUGCCUCACGAGUGGGGCACAGCACCCCCUUCUGGCAGCUCCUGCAGAACUAGGCCGACCCCACCCCCACCCCAGCAUACCUCCUGCCUCCAGCCGUUUCUGGAUGAAUCAAGCCGCGUCCUCUCUGGACUGUGUUCUCCAGUUAUGGCCUGUGACUUCUGAAGAGCCAGAAGCUGGGACAUUCUAGGGCAGGGGCCGUCUACCCCUAAGUCCUGGCAAAACAGUGGGAGAUCCCCCCUCCCUCAGGCGUCUCCUUUCCUAGGCCAGCUCCUGGCUCUGCCACCCCUGGCCCUGUCUUCAUCCUCUCUGGUGGCCUGGGUGGGCCAAAUACCAAGCUGAGGACCAAGGGCCAGGUUGGGAGCCCUGGUUCCCCAAGGCCGUCAGCCCAGCCCCUUUGGUGCCCCAGCUGACAGAACGACGGCCAAGGCAGGGUGUUCAGGCUUUUUCUCCCUUCCACCCGCUGCUCGCCACCCAGCUCUUCACUGCAUGGCUGGCUGUUGACUCAUGGGGCCCCAGUGGGGGCCUGCCCUGCAGGGUACCUCCACCCACAGGGCAGGAGCCAGGUGGGGCCGGAGAGAGCACCCAGGCCCCUUCCCCUGCACAGCCCAGGCUCCCUGCUCGCAGCGCACUUGUCUGCAUUCGUGUGUCUGUUGUGUCUUUGUGUUCCUUUUACAUGUGCUGCCGCUGCUCUCUCUCACUCCUCCUACACCCUUGCCCUCCUCUGCACUCCCCAGUUUCCCAGCUCCAGGCACUCAUCUUCCAGCCAGGAGCUGGAGAAGCCGCUCAGCGGGGCCAGACCUCUUC